GAAGCCUUCAAAAGUGACUCGGCGAUGGCCGGAAACUACUUGCCGACGGUUCAGCUCACCGGGAGUGGCCGGCCGGUGCUUGUACCGAACGAAAUCGAGUGCUUCUUCCUCUCAGGCGUGGACCUUCUCUGCGAAGGCGAGUCCUACACUUGGUUCCCUCAUCUGAAAUCGGGUCUCCUCAUCCUCACCACGCACCGCCUCAUCUGGCUCUCCGAUUCCGCCGCGGGCUCCGCCGUAUCUGUUGCCGUCCCCCUGAGCGCAAUCUCGCACAUCUUCUCUCACAAGAAGUCCCUCAAGUCGAUGUUCGCUUCCCCGAGGGUCCGUUUCCAGGUUGCUCUGGUGGCGGAGGGAAGGGUUUUGCCGUCGGUGGUGGUGACGAUUGUGGUGAGGGGGAAAGGGGACUGCGAUGCGUUCUUGGCCAAGUUUUGGGAGAAUUGGCGGGCCAGGGCGUGGGAGGAGGCGGAGAAUGCUACGAGUUCGGGUUCGAAUGCGGUGGCAGCGUCGUCGGUGGCGGCAUCUUCGAGCGGGAUUUAUUCGAGUGACGGGACGGUGAGGAUGGUGGGAGUGUCGGGGAUAUUGAGGAAAGAGCAGGAAAUGUGGGAGAGUACUGAUCGGAGCUUGCAAGAGGCUUUUCAGGAUUUGAAUGCUCUCAUGAGCAAGGCUAAAGAGAUGGUGACGCUAGCAGAGAGAAUGAGACAAAAACUUUUGUCUGGCUCAAGUUCUCAAACCAAUGCAACUAAUGAUGAAGAGAUGGUUUCAAAGGAAGAGAUGCAAGAUUGGUUAUUGAGUGUUGGUAUAAUAUCCCCUGUUACCAAAGAGUCUGCGGGUGCUUUGUAUCAUCAACAUUUAUCUCGUCAGUUGGCAGAUUUUGUUAAAGUUCCACUUGACAGAGCAGGAGGGAUUAUCAAUCUUAUUGAUAUUUAUUGUCUCUUCAAUCGUGCUCGUGGCACAGAAUUAAUCUCACCUGAUGAUUUGAUGCAAGCAUGUUCUCUUUGGGAGAAGUUUGAUGUCCCAGUGGUUCUACGGAAGUUUGAUAGUGGAGUCAUGGUAAUACAAACUAAGUUCCACAGCGAUGAGGAGGUUUUCACUAAAAUCAAGGUGCUUGUUAUGAAGCCUGAUGCUCUUCGAGCUGGGAUAAGUGCUAGUGAUGCUGCCAUGACACUGGGAGUUGCCCCGGCAAUGGCAAAGGAGCAUCUCUUGUCUGCUGAGAGCAAGGGUGUACUAUGCAGGGAUAUAAGCCCUGAUGGAUUUCGCUUUUAUAUUAACUUGUUCCCGGAAAUUGAUCGAGAUGAUAUGUAUUUAGUAAAAGAUCAAGGGAUUUAUCACUCAUGGGUAAGGGCAAGCCAUGCUUGUGGUUAGAGUUGCAAGCUUGUUCAAUUCAAUUCAAUUUAAGAAAAUUUACAGAUUGACAUGAUUGUUGAGUCAAGGUUAAUGUUGGGCUAACGAUUUCAAGACAAGCCCAUAUCCUAACAAGUUAAUAUAUACAGUACGUCGAAUUGGGUUAGUCUUUUCGAAUGGCGUUACUACGUUGGAUAUGAUCCAAUUAAGGCAUGGCCUGAGGCAGCAGUUUUGACGAUUCUUGAACACUGUACCAUAUUGUACAGUUGAGACGGGUUACUUCAACAUAUUGCUAGGGGUUUCUUGCAAUUUAUAGACAUUGCUCAAUACAUGUUCCGAAAUUAUCAAAAUAAGAGACAUUAUCGGUCAUGCUCUCAAUAGGCCAUGUUAUGUCAAGUGAAUUUCUAAAAAGGGGUGGGGAGGGAUUGACAAAGAAAUGACAAAUGAAAGAGUAGGGUCCAGGACUCUAGGGUGUAAAUAGGUUGGGUUAGUCUAGGGUUAAAUAGGCUAGAGUUAUAUGAAUUAUU